GCCCAGCGGCUCAGGGCCUGUGUCAGUAUAUCGGUAUUUGAAUGUUCAAAAACGAAAGAAAACCCCCACUCUCACACACUCUCACUCACUCUCACGGAUUCUCCUCGGCCCUUCUAAACGGACCCAUCUUUAAUGCAUUGAUCGCCGUUCUCUCUCCAAGAUCCGGCUUUUGGGUUUUGAGACUGUUUUUGAAUGAGCUAAGAAGUCUAGGGUUUUGCAUUCUGUGACUUUCUCGGUUCCUUCCUCUCUCUCUCUCUGUCUGACGCUCUUGUCGGAUCUGGGUGUCUUCAGCAUUUUACGUGUUCGUUUUCUUGUAAUUCUGAAGGAGGAUACUUCUGAUGAGUGAGGAUGGAGAGUUUGCGGCAAAAGAGGUCCAAGAUUGCGAGCAUUGCUGAUCGGAGCUCCGGCGAAAGGUUUUUCUCGACGGAACGAGCUAACCGAGAAGGAAACAGGCAGGUUCAGAAACAAAGGACAUAUCCGAAAUUGGCCUCCGAUUCUAGUUCUUGCAGUAGUGGUACUACGGACGAAGAUUCGUUCAUGUUUGAAUUGGGUCAGAGAUCUUCAAAACAAGCUGUUGGAGCUCCGAUGAAGAAGUUACUAGCUGAAGAGAUGUCGAAAGAAACUGAAUCCAAAAGGAGGUCCCCAAGUGUUAUUGCCAAAUUGAUGGGUCUUGAUGGACUGCCACCUCAGCAGCCUGCUCACAAACAACAAAAGAGGUCCUCAGAGAACAAUAUAAAAAGGACGACAUCAGUAGAGAAAGCUCAAAAGAGUGGCAUGUUUUAUGACCGUCGAUCAUCUAAGAGGAAUUCAAAGGAGCAGCAAGAAUUUAAGGAUGUAUUUGAGGUUUUUGAAACAUCGAAGAUGGAGAGUAGCAGUUGCUCAUCGCAAGGGGCUGCAAACUCAAAGCUCACCGAUGCUGAGAUGGCAUUUAUUCGGCAGAAGUUCAUGGAUGCUAAACGUCUAUCAAGUGAUCAGAAGUUACAGGAUUCCAAGGAGUUCCAUGACGCACUUGAGGUGCUAGACUCCAACAAGGAUCGUCUGUUGAAAUUUCUUCAACAACCAGAUUCAUUGUUCACAAAGCAUUUGCAUGAUCUGCAAGGUGCUCCUCCCCAGACCCAUUGUGGUCGCAUAGCAGGUAUGAAGUUGUCAGAUGCUCAGAGGCAUGAAAGCAAUGAACUUGGGAAAUCACAGAGACGAACUCCAUCAAAAAAUUACAGUAGAUCCCCUCAGAAAUAUUGUGGUGGUCUAUUAAGCCAAUCUGACAGCAGGCAUGCUUCUUGUAAUUCUCUGAAUUCAUCCAAAAUUCGAUUUGAAGGAAAGGAUGAGUUGGCCACUCUACCUACAAGUAUAGUGGUAUUAAAACCAAAUGUUGGGAAGGCCCAGAAUGGUACCAAACCUGCUUCCUCACCUUGUUCUUCGCAUGCUUUUCUAUCAGAUUGUAGGGUGCACACUGAAUUUCCGAGUAUCAAAAAUAGGGCGGGAGAAUUAUGGGGAACAAAGAACUUUCCCCAUGAUGCGGGGCUUUCAAGGCAUAAGUCCAGAGAAUCUAGAGAAAUUGCUAGGGAAAUAACUAAACAAAUGAGAAAUGGUUUUCGUAGUGGUUCUAUGAAUUUUUCAUCUGCUGGAUUUAAAGGUUAUGCUGGGGAUGAAAGUUCAUGUGACACAUCUGGCAAUGAAUCAGAUGCAAUUACAGUGACUUCCAGAAAUUCCUUUGACUUGAAUGGCCGGUACAUGCCUUCAUCAUCACGUUUGACUGAAUCAUCUGUGAGUAGGGAGGCCAAGAAAAGACUCUCAGAGAGGUGGAAAAUGACUCACAAGUCUCAAGACUUGGGAGUGGGUAGUAGGGGCAGCACACUGGCUGAAAUGCUUGCUAUCCCUGAUAAGGAUAUGAUGCCAACAAACUUGGAUGGCAUGAGUUGUGCAGAUGGAAUCAGUGACAAAUUUGCUAGUGAUGAUGGACCUACGGGGUGGGUUGAACCUUUGGGAAUUAGCAGCAGGGAAGGCUGGAAGGAUGGGUCUAACAGAAAUUUAUCAAGAUCAAGAUCUCUUCCUGCUUCUUCUACAGCCUUUGGAAGUCCUAAGAUAAACAUACAUAGUGAAACUCUUUGUGAUGGCAGACAUCUGAUGCCAAAAGAGGCCUUGAAGAAGGAAAGAAUUAAGAGAGUGAAGGGUAAUUCUGAUUGGAGAGAAGAUUCAGCCCCUAGAAACUCAAGAUCUAGUCAUAAGAAAUCUCAUUCUUCUAGCUGCACAGUUAGGGAAAGCAAUGAGUAUUUAGCAGAGAUUCAUACAAGCCAGAAUCAAGUGAAGGCUAGCCUUGAAAAGAUUGAUCCAUCUGAAAAUGAUCUUAUGAUCUUCGAGACAUUAGUUGGUAAUGUUAACGAUAGGACGCCAGUUCCUGAAAAUGUGGUUGAUGUGGGAGAUGACAAAAUGAUCAUGCCAUCUGAACCUCCUGAUGAGAUGCUACCAGAUGUAUCACCUUGCAUGGUUUUAAAGGAUAUAUCUGCUGGUGGCCCAGAUAUCCUAAUUCCACAGGAAACAUCGAUUGGGCCAUCCAAAGACAGUUCAGUCCCUUCGCUUCACCCUUCGCCUGGACUAGAAUCUCCAGUUAGUUCUAAGGAGGCUGAGCAGCCCAGUCCAGUUUCAGUUCUCGAAGCUCCUUUUACGGAUGAUGUAUCAUCAUGUUCUGAAUGCUUUGAGAGUCUCAGUGCUGACCUCCAUGGGCUUCGGAUGCAACUUCAGCAACUCAAGUUGGAGUCAGAAGUGUAUGCAGAGGGACCCAUGCUCGUCUCAAGUGAUGAAGAUGUUUGCGACGGUGACGGAUCCAUUCUGAAUGAGAAGGGAGUUUGUAAAACUGAAGAGGGCUGGGAGCCUUCCUACAUAGUUGAUGUCUUAAUUGGCUCCGGCUUUAACGAUGCCAAUCCUGAUAUGUUCAUGAGUACAUGGCACUCUCCAGAAUGCCCUGUGGACCCCCUCGUAUUCGAAGAAGUUGAGAAGAAGUACCGCGACCAGACUUCUUGUUCAAGGUCUGAAAGGAGGUUACUGUUUGAUCGUAUAAAUUCUGCACUCCUGGAGAUGUACCAGCUCCCAUGGAUGAGGCAUGCAACGAGGGUUGGUUCUAAGUGGAUUAGAGAUCGGCUCCAAGAUCGUCUCUAUGCCUUGUUGGCAGGCCAAGAGAAGAAAUGUAAUAAAGACACUCUGGGGAAGGUGCUGGCAAGGGAAUCACAGUGGUUGUCUUUGGGAGAUGAAGUUGAUGUAAUAAGUGGGGAAAUUGGGAGAUCGUUGACAGAUGAGCUUGUAGCAGAGGCAGUGGCUAUGUUGGGUAUUUGACCAAAACCCCGAGCCUUCGAGCCUCUAGUUCUUCUGAUUUUGCUAACAUCCUUCGAUGACGGGCCGACCAGAGGAAGGCGCGCGCCCCGGGAUCCUUAGAGAUCCCCAACCAAGGCUGUAUUUGGUCUAGGAAAUUACGGGUAUGUAAAUGAAGUGAUGGAAUGGUCAGUUCAUGAGAGAAUGAAUAAAAUGAUAAAAAAUCUUUACGCCCAAAGAUGAAUCAGAUUGAUGAUCAAAACUAAAGGAAAGCAAAAUCAAACAAAGGUAUAUAUAUAUAUAUAUAUAUAUACCAAAACAAAGAGUCAUAUUUGAACCCACUUUUAUGAUUUAUUAGCCAUGACAAUUGACAACACAGCAGCCCAUUAGUCGAGAAAAGUUUAAUGCAAUUUAAGUUAAAAACAGGCGGUGGUGGCAUCU